AUGGGGCCGGGAUUUCUCAUUGACGAUUACGCAGAUAGUAGUACGGUGUUGGAUCAGUCAGGUUCGGCCUGCAAGGGGGAAGCGUGGAUGAUGCGCGCCUUCAUUCUUCUUACGAGCAGAAUGUCAGGCGGUCUGAAGGGAACAGCUUUCCUUUUUCCGGGUCCGACCGCCGGACCAGGUGAUCUUAUCAUAUCUGAUGUUCAGUUGCCCGCCUGCGUAGGAUUCAGAAUCCCGUCGAAGCCUUCUUUGCAGCAAGGCCCAGGGGUACAUGCUCACUCGAUCCUCCUCAUUUCCCCCCUUCUAUCCGUCUACGAAACGAAACUCCCGCCCCUUCCCCGUCAAUGGCCCAUCCGAAAGUCCCCUCGGUCUCAUUCGACCAACGACUGGCGUGGGACAAAACAAAACAUUGACAGCUCCGUUCGGACUAUCUGGUGCAGCAAUUCAGCGGGUGCCACACUACCCUUCUGGGCCACGGGCGUUUAG